AUGGUAACGAUUACACUUUUUAACCCAUUUCAUCAAAGACUCAUAGAAACAACGGUGACAAAUGAAGCUUCCAUAGCCAAGAGCUGGAUCCUCAACGUGCGAUCAGAAAACCAAGAAGACCUAACGGUGAUCGUCUCUCUAAACUCCAAGAUUCAUCCUCGAGAUGGUGCAAAAGCCGCAACUCUUCAACUAUGCAUCAAGACCAAGUGCCUGAUACUCCAACUCCUUCACAUGAAUCAAAACACCAACGUUGAAGAAUGCCUUAGUGAUCUAUUUCACGAUGAGAGAUGUGUUUUUGUAGGGAUCAGUAUUGCGAAAACGGUCGCGAGGCUUGACGGGAUACUCAGAUUUGUUAAGAGAAUUGAUGUUCGUGAUCUGGUAAAGGUUAAUUAUCCUUUUAGUUAUGGUGUGAGAUCAAGGCCUGGCUUGAAGGCUAUGGCUAGGGAGCUGCUGGGUUUUGGUUCGUGGGAAACGAAAAGGGAGAUUUGUCCGAGAGAUUUUACUGAUGAAGUUCUUGAUGAUGAGGUGAUUAAGUUUUUGUCCAUUGAUGCUUAUGUUUCUUAUGAAAUUGGGUUUAAGAUGCUUACACAACAUAUGAGGUAUGGUGUAAUUUAA